AUGCCCCCUAGGCCAGGAUGCCCCCUAGGCCAGGAUAUGCCCCCCAUAGGCCUGCCCCCCAGGAUAUGCCCCCCUAGGCCAGGAUAUGCCCCCCUAGGCCAGGAUAUGCCCCUAGCAGGAUAUGCCCCCCUAGGCCAGGAUAUACCCCCUAGGCCAGGAUAUACCCCCCUAGGCCAGAUAUGCCCCUUAGGACAGGAUAUGCCCCCUAGGCCAGGAAUAUGCCCCCUAGCCAGGCCAGGAUACCUCCUUAGGACAGGAUAUGCCCCCCUAGGCCAGAUGUACCCCCCUAGGCCAGGAUAUACCUCCUUAGGACAGGAUAUGCCCCCUAGGCAGGAUGACAGGAUAUGCCCCCCUAGGCCAGGAUGUACCCCUAGGCCAGGAUAUACCUCCUUGGACAGGAUAUGCCCCCUAGGCCAGGAUGUACCCCCUAGGCCAGGAUAUUACCUCCUUAGGACAGGAUAUGCCCCCCUAGGCCAGGAUGUACCCCCCUAG